GAGGAUAAACGACGCGAGGUGUAUGAAAUUGCGACUAGGCGAGUGUGUAUAUUCUGUGUUUUGGUUUCGGGCAGAAAAUGCUAAUUCUCCCUGCACAGAUUUGCAAAGCAAACAUCUACAUUGUAGACUGAUUGGGUUGCAUCCAUGAUUAUCUGGACAUUUAUUUUGAUCCACCAGGGACAUUAAGCAACCAAAACAUGUAAAACAGAAAGGAAGGGUGAAGAGUCUGCGAAAGGAAAACAGUGCGGAGGACUUCUGCCCAAAGCGUGUGCUUUGUGGUACAUGCAGCAUCAGGACACCUCACUGAUGGAGAAGAGAGAGAGGAAGCCAGGCUACUUUGCCAGGCUAAAGAGGCGGAGACAGCUCAAGCAGAGCCAAUCAGAGAAGACUAUAACCGAGCAGAACAAUUCCGAUUCGUCCUUGAAGACUCCCGUCAUCUCCUGCCCAGACAUCCCUGCUUUUUCUGACCCUCAAGAGAGGAUUAAACCAAACCCACCUGGCGAUUUAGAUGACAGCAGCAACAUGAGCAGCCAGGCCAAGAGAGAGAAGAGGAGGCCCCCCGGAACAGUGGAGUAUACCGUGGGACCACAGGAAUCUCUAAACAGCAUUGCUCUGAAGUUCAACAUCACUCCCAACAAACUGGUGCAGCUCAACCGCCUCUUCUCUCGUAGUGUCUAUCCUGGACAGAAGCUGUUUGUUCCAGACUUUCAGUCAGGGGAUUCCUCUGGGCCGAGCUCCACCAACAGCACAUGUGAGAAGGUCUCAGAGGAUGGAAACCCCUGUAGUAGGGCAGUUAAACCGUUCCAACGUGAGCUGUCUCCCCUGUCUGAGGACGAAAGCCCUGCGACAGUCAAGUUCAUCAAAAUGAGCUGCAAGUACUUUACUGAUGGAAUGGGUGUGGUGGGAGGGGUGAUGAUUGUGACGCCCAACAACAUCAUGUUUGACCCUCACAAGUCGGACCCCCUGGUGAUCGAGCACGGCUGUGAGGAGUACGGCCUGAUCUGCCCCAUGGAGGAGGUGGUAUCUGUGGCCCUCUACGAUGACAUCUCUCGCAUGAAGCUCAAGGAUGCGCUGCCAUCCGACCUACCACAGGAUCUGUGUCCUCUGUACAGGCCUGGGGAGUGGGAAGAGCUGCCCUCAGAGCAUGACCUCAACCCCUUCAGCCGUUACGAGGCGCUGGACCCCAAACGGCCCAUCGUACUGGAUGACAUGGACUCUGCCCUUUCAGAGACUGUUGUAGAGACAGCAGAGUGUGAGCCAGCUGACAAGUCUCCAUCAGAUGAGGGUUUCACAGAGCUGGAUCUUCCCUUGAUCACUGAGGAACUGGAGACUGGAUUCAAAUUAUCUACCAGCCAGGAACAGCAGGGACCGCUCCAAGGAUCCCCUACUACUAGACAGUCGGAGCCCAAGGAUGAGUCCUUUUCUGACCCAGUCCUACUUACUUUGAAAAGAGGGGAGGAGGAGGAGGAGGAUGAAGGACUGGUACAGAACAGCUCCAUUGAGGACACAAUAGUAUCACUGCCUGGCCCUUUGGAGACUGGGAAGAAUGAACUCUUAAAGGAGAAGUCCUCAAGCCUAGCUGCAAGUGACGUCAAAGACAAGAAGUCAACAGGGCUAAUAGUAAACAGUGUUAGCAUUAACCACCAAUCAGAAUCAGAAGUGGAUCAAAACAGGAAGUUGAGCUUGAGUGAGACCGCAGAUUCUCUGGGAAAAAGUUGUGUUCAGGAAUGCAGCCUUGCAGGCGGUCCGCAGAUUGGACCAAUGGUUGAGGAGGGGCUGAGUGAAGAAGAGAAGCAGAAGAAUAGCAACAAGGCCGAGGUGAAGUCCUGGCUUCUGGAGAAGAUGCAGGCACCAAUCCAGAACAUGCUUAUCUCCAUGGAGGAGAAGAGUAAGACCCCUCCCAUGUUUCUCUGCUUCAAGGUCGGCAAACCCAUGAGGAAAUCCUUUGUCAUUGGCCGGACAUCCAGCCCUGCCAACACGCGUGGAAAACAGCCUGAGUACUGGUUCGCUGUGCCCCAGGAGAGGGUGGACCACCUGUAUGCAUUUUUCAUCCAGUGGUCUCCUGACGUGUAUGGUAAGGAGGCCAGGGAGCAGGGCUUCGUGGUGGUGGAGAAGGAUGAGCUCAACAUGAUUGAUAACUUCUUUAGUCCCCCCAAGUCCCCUCGCGGCUGGGAAAUCAUCACCAUCGAUGAGGCAAAGCGUAGGCAGAGUUUUGGCAGCUACGAUGGGGAGGAGCCUUUGGGGGAUCUACUGCCCAUGCUCAGUGACCCUAGUGCUCUGCUUCAAGACACGCACAUCGAGAAGCUUGCGUGUCGGCUGCCGGCACGAGUGCAGGGGUAUCCAUGGCGACUGGCAUACAGUACAUUAGAACAUGGGACCAGCCUAAAGACCAUGUACAGGAGCCUGUUAGAGGUGGAUAGUCCUGUGCUGCUGGUAAUCAAAGACAUGGGGAACCAGUUGUUUGGGGGAUACUCCACCCAUCCCUUCAGAGUAAGCGAGCACUGCUAUGGCACAGGAGAGACCUUCCUCUUCAGCUUCUGUCCUGAGAUCAAGGUGUAUCGCUGGACUGGGAAGAACUCCUACUUUGUGAAAGGCAACAUUGAUUCUCUUCAGAUGGGGGGAGGAGGUGGUCAGAUAGGGCUGUGGCUGGAUGCAGACUUGUACCAUGGAACCACCUCCAGCUGUGCCACCUUCCACAACCAGCCCCUCACCACCCAGGACUUCACCAUCCAGAGUGUUGAGGUCUGGGCCUUCGAGUAGCAUCCCUUUCUCCACCUCCCACAGUCCAUCCCCCCAAACCCCACUCAUACUGAUGGGGAACUAGGACUUUGACAUUGUUAAUGCUAGCAGGUUUGUCCUGAAGGAGGGUUGAGAAGCUUUGGCUGAUGUUUUUCCCUUUCACUCUAUUAGCUGCCUUAUACCUCCCACGCCACCUACCCAGCUAUCUUAGCAUGCAGCCUGCCUGCAGAGGGGGAGAUGAAGAAUUAAAAACUCCUUUAGGCUCAAAGAGACUGUUGUCCUGCAGUUGGCCUUAGUAUCAGUCAUAGGUGACUUUAAAUACCUGAUCAAAACAUGGGCAUGGUGAAUGAGAUUAUUUGGACUGUAGGAGAAUUGUAAAUGAAAAGGGAAUAAGUAUGUGAUCAGAGGGGAAUAUACAAUGAUACAUUUUCUACGCAGCCAAUAAGACAAUGCCAGAUGAGGACACAAGAAGCAAUCUUUUUUCCCCCCUGGCAUUAGGAACUGAUAUUAAAAACAAAAGGUGAAAAGUUUGAAGUUUUAGGUGGGGCUUUAUCCACCCCAGAACCAUAAUGAGUAAUUGUUUACAAAGUGAAGAGGCAUGAGAAGGUUCUCAUGUCUGUUGUCCUAUAUAGACCUAUAUAGACUAUUGAGGAUGUUGUAUAGCAUAUAGGCGCAUUCCAUCGCCAUUUACCAACACAACUGUCCACUAAGAAGGGAACAUUAAGGGUAAGGUUUUUCAAUGACCAAAUUUUGUUUUACGAUUGUAUUUUGUGUUUCUCACAUUUUAUAGAGAUAUUUUGUUUUACAAUUUAUUUGUAAACUUUUUUUUUUAUUUAAAUUGCCUCUUGAAAUAGUUUCACAUUUUGUUGUACAUGUAUGUUUUCUGUUGUUUUUAGGGAAGCCCUAUAUUGGCCACAAGGUUGAUAUAUCCAAGCACUAAAUAGAUUAAGGCAGUAUUACAGCCUGUCUUAACUUUGACCAGAUAUGGUUUUGUUAGUAGAGCUUGAUUGUAGAGGGGACGGCUCAGUCUAUUGUUCAUUAAUACAAAAGCCAAGGGCGAUUACAGAGUGGUGUUUCGCGCUGUCUGUUCCGUGUAAUUCACACAAUCGUUUGUUGUGUAAAAGUCACUUAUUUUCUACCACUACAUAUGGGAAGGACAAAAGACUGCAGAUAUUUAAUUUGGGAAACAGAAAUAAAAAAAAUUCUCAACGUGUUCUGUUGAGAUCUUAUACCAGUUUCCAGACCAAUGUGGGUUGAGGGAGUGUUCAUUUGUCUCAAGUAGGUUAUCAAAUCUGACCAUUCCUACUGCAUGACAUACUGACAAUACUGUAACUGUGUAACCUGUUCCUGCUCAAGAAUGUCAUUCCCCUUUCUGCAUCCCACUAACCACAAAUCCAUACAGCUGUGGCUUUGUUUUGUGAAUUUUUGUGUAAUAGAUGUUGUUCUCACUGUGAAGGUUUCCAAAGUGUUUGUUUCCUGUGAAUCCAAAAAUGUAAUUUGUGAAUAUCACCAAGUAUAUAUUUAUUGUAUUGUUGCCAUGUUCAAAAUAAAAUAAAUAAUGGUCCAUGUUGAAACAUUU